UUGUAUUCGUUGGUCCUACAAGAGAACCAACAUGGCUAAAUACAUAGGACCAUGCUUGCUCCUGGCGAUGGCUGUGAUAUGCACGGUCAUUGCCAUAUCUUCGGCGCGAGAUGUUCGAAAUAUAAGAGAUUUAGAAGCUGCCGGUACCCACCAUCAUGGUCAUCAUCACGAGCAUGGCGGAGGUCAUGAGCAUCAUUCUUACCAUCAUGCAGAACAUGGUGGAAAAGGUGAGAAGGGCCAUAAAGGUCAUCAUCAUCAUGAAAAGGGAGAGCACGGUCAUCAUGGCAAAGAACAUCAUGAAGGUCAUCAUGACGAGCAUGGCGGGCAUAAGAAGGGUCAUCACGAUGAACAUGAUGAGCACGGCAGUCAUCACGAACACGAACACGGCCAUAAAGGAUCGAAGUUUGGCCAUGGAAAAGGUCAUAAAAAGGGCGAGAAAACUCACGGUUAUCAUCAUAAAUCACAUAAAGAUGAAUUCCAUAAAGAACACAAAUUCUAUGAUGAUUACCACAAAGGUGGUCACCAUGAGAAGCAUGGCGAUCAUCACGAGCAUCACGGUGGAAAAGAAGGCCAUCACAAGAAGGGUGGACAUCAUCAUUCCGGCCAUCAUGAAGAUCAUCACGGUAAAAAAGGUCACCAUGAUAAAGGGCAUUACGAUGAGGAUCAUCAUGGUCACCAUGGUAAACAUGGUCACGAAGAACACCAUCAUCAUCAUGAGGAUUAUGGAAAGAAGAGCGAGCAUCAUGGCGGUAAAAAGCAUGGUUUUUCGAGCGGUCACGGAGGUCAUCACGGUCAUCACGGCCACCAUCACCAUUAAUCAUGCAAAGCUUACCAAUUUAAUGCAACAUGAACAGAAUAAACUUUUAUAUUUUUUGUUCCUUGUUUUUUUUUUUUCGUUAAUUUUUAGAAUAUCGAAUAAUAUAAAUUUAUCUCGUUAUUAAGAAAUUAAAAUGUCUACAACAACAUAA